AUGGAGGUAGUCGAUCAUUAUGCGACGGCGGAGGCACGUGAGGACACGACCCCGUUGUCCCUGGUGAAAGCCGCUGCUUGUAACGGGGGUUUGAGCGCAAAGGUGAUCGGUUCCGAGAAUUCACACAGCUUGAUGAUCGUCGUCGAUCCUCCUCAAGGCGAUGCCAUUGAACGUCGCACCGAGUCCCCGACAACCCUCGUUCUACGGCGAUCCCCUUCCUUCGUUUCGUCAUCACCACCGCCGCCGCCGCCGUCGCCCAUCGUCGCCGCCGUUGCCGCCGCCGCCGCCGCCGCCGCCGCCGCCGCUGGCGACCAGCAGCCGUCAGCACAACUGCAGCAGCAGCAGCCGGUGGCGGCGCCCCUGGAAGACAUCAUUGAUGGAUUUUCGUUCCUUAGUUUCACUUCGCUAGAAGAACUGAUGGUAAGUGUUUGUUCAGAAAGUGGAAGUCGACCAAUUGCUGUUUCCUCCACCAUCGAGUGGUUAAACUUGUCGUCCCAUUGCCCCCCCGGGCUUCCCCCUUUGCCUUUCCUCCAUCCGUCUGUAGUUCGUGUCGAAUCUGUUGUAUUCUGUUGUUUUUUACGCUCCUUUUACGCGCGCUACGACCUACCAACCGACCGAAUGUCGUUGUCGUCGGUCGUGCGAGUGCGUCUGUCUCAUUGUGUCGCCCCUGCUCGCGCCGAGGUCGCCGAAACUGACGAUCUUCUGCCAGCGACCAAAUUCUUUUCGAGGAACCACAAGCUGAGGCAGCGCAGGAAGCCGCAGCCGCCGUCGACGCCAUGCCUAACCUUUGUCAACAAAGGACAAUGGCCAAUGGACUGA